AUUAAUAAAGUUUACUAAAUUGGAUGCUAACAAAUCAAACAAACUUUAAUAAACAAGUUACCAAGGAAUCUGAGUGAAACAAAGUAGGUUCAAGAGUGAUCUACAAUUGUUUUUUUAAAGGGGGGAUGAAGAUAUCCAAAAGAGGCAGGCUUAUUAGACAGAAAGUCCUACCCUUUUCCUGUUCCUGAAGUUUGUCCUGUUUGUUGGCAGCCCUCCUCUGCUCCCGGGUGUUGAUGUGAAGAUGGCGACGUGUCUGUACGAGUGUCUGAGCGAGGCCGGUCUGCAGCGCUACUACCCUCAGUUCACAGCCCUGGGUGUGCGCUGGCCCCAGCAGCUCUCCCGGGUCACCAUGAGUGACUAUCCACGGCUGGGCGUGCACGACAUGCAGGACCGCACCCGGCUCUUUGAGCUGGUGCAGAUCGUCAAGGCUCUCCAGGGUGACAAGAGUGGAGAGGAGCACGACCCUCAGUCCCCCAGGCAGGCCACACUGACCAGGUCCACUCCCCGCCGGCAGCUGGACUUCACCGCCUUGCCCACGAGUGAGCCAGCUGAGCCAAGAGGGUGCCUUCCCUCCUCCUCCUCUGCCUACUUCAAGACAAGCAAGCAAGAGGGCAGGGAGCGCUCGCCCAGGCACACGCUGGCAAGAGGGGACUGGCUUCACAGCAGGCCGGCUGGCAGGUUGGAGGAGGCUUGGGCAGCAGAGGAGGAACAGGUACACCUUGAGAGAGAAACAUGCUCCUCCACCUCAGGAUACAACUACGGAGUCCCACACUCCACCACUAGGAAGCCGAGCUGGGAGCGGGGCCGGGCGGAGUCUGAUAGGAUCCGUGUGUGUGUGCGGAAGCGGCCGCUGGGAAUGCAAGAGGAGCGUCGGGGGGAGGCGGACGUGGUCAGCACGCGGGACAGCGGGACCGUUCUCAUCCAAGACAAGAAGGAGGCUGUGGACCUCACCCAGUACAUCCUGCAGCAUGUGUUUCAUUUUGAUGGCGUUUUUGACGAUGCUUGCUCCAAUCAGGAUGUGUAUAUGAAGACAGCCUAUCCCCUAAUCCAUCAUGUCUUCAAUGGGGGGAAGGCUACUUGCUUUGCAUAUGGACAGACAGGCUCUGGGAAGACGCACACCAUGAUCGGGACACGGCAGAACCCGGGGCUCUAUGCUCUGGCUGCAAAGGACAUCUUCCAGCAGCUCGAGGCACUGCAGCCCAGCCGCAACCUCCACGUCUACAUCAGCUUCUUCGAGAUCUACUGCGGCCAGCUCUACGACCUGCUGGACGGGAAGAAACGGCUGUUUGCCAGGGAGGAUGGGAAGCAUGUGGUGCAGAUAGUGGGGCUGCGAGAGGAGAGAGUGGCAGGGGUGGACACGCUGCUGGAGGUGAUCUCGUGGGGUAGUAAGGAGCGCAGCACAGGAGCCAGCGGGGUGAACGCAGACUCCUCUCGCUCACACGCCAUCAUCCAGGUACAGAUCAAGGACUCAGCCGCCAGGGUGCACGGGAGGAUUUCUUUUAUUGAUCUGGCAGGCAGCGAGAGGGCGGCUGAUGCCAGGGACCCUGACAAACAGACCAAGAUGGAGGGAGCCGAAAUUAACCAGAGCCUGUUAGCUCUGAAGGAGUGUAUUCGAGCUCUGGACCAGGAACACGCUCAUACGCCAUUCAGACAGAGCAAACUGACCCAGGUACUGAAAGACUCAUUUAUUGGAAAUUCAAAGACCUGUAUGAUUGCUAACAUCUCACCCAGCCACAUAGCCACAGAACACACUCUUAACACUUUACGUUACGCAGACAGGGUUAAGGAGCUGAAGAGAGGCAUGAAACAUUCCCCAGGUCACCUUUACAAAGCAGGAAGGCCAGUGGGAAGCCCGUCUCCAAAACGCAACAAGAACUCCUGCCGGGAGAGGAACUCGCCUAAGAAUGUGAAGCUCUUGGGGGACAGAGGGGUGAAGCAGUUCGCUCAGCCGCAGCCAAGACACACCCAGGUUCUGUUCCAGCCGAGCAGAGUCCUCCUCUGCUCCACACCAGAGGAGGAGGCUGUGACUACCUGGAGGACCCAAAGGACUGUGAAGGAGGCCUGGCUGGAGCAGACAACCCCUGAGAAGGGGACAUUGAGAGGAGGCAGAAGAAGGGAAGAUGUGGCAGAACUAAGGUCCGGAGCACAUGCAGUUAGAAGGACUGACUCUUGCGUAAAGAACACAGAUUUUAUUAAAGGGCAUUACACAAAGGUCAAUGCGACAGCAGCUCAGAAAUUACAGGGAGCGCGGCCUGUUUUAAAGAAAACUGUUACCAGAGAGAGAUCCAGGGACCGUUCCUCUGUCCAGGGGGCACUGGAGGAGAAUCCGAGUGGACGGGGCCCCCAGCACUCAGAUGCCAGCUACGCAGAUAUGUACCGAGAGCAGAAGGAGCGGGAGCAGCACCUGAGAAUCUACCACCAGCAGCUGCAGCAGCUCCAGCCACCUCCCAUACUGCAGCAGAAGCUGCCCUAUCAACCCCUGGAGAGCCUGCUAGCUCUCUACAGGGCAGAGGGGAUGAGAGCAGCGCAGGGGCAGGAUACAAACAGUAAGAAUUACCAGAGGCAUUGUCUGGGGGAGACAGAACAAGAGAGGAGAAACAGCAGCAGCAGCCAGGGUUCUCUCAUGCACUUCAGGGUUGGGGGUGCUGAGAGCAGCAAAGCUAGUGGUGGGGGUAGCCACAGUGACGGCAGUCAUGAUUCCUUCGUCUUCCUUCCCAGCGCAAAGCCGACAACCCUCUGGAGCAAUGCUGACCACCUGGAGAACGCAGAACAGUCCAGUAGCGAAGAUGCGCACGUAUUUCCAGGAAAAGAUCUUGGAUACCAGGAAGAUGACUACAGGUUCGGGGAAAGCUUCAAAUACCAAGGAGAGUUUGAUCGAGAGCAAAGAUAUGGAGAAGAUUAUGAGUUCGGACAGAGUGGGAAAAGGGAAGACGGUGAUCUAGAUGAUCUGGCAUUCUAUGAGAGCUGGAGGCUGGAGAGAGAGCACUGGGAGGACCAGGCUAAAGACUGCUCCAACCACGCCGAGUGGAACACAGAGGAAGAUUAUGCCAGAUACAGAUCGUGCAGCGAUAACAGGGCAGAGAAACCCUUCUGCCAAGAGGAGGAUCACAGCUUCCCAGAGGACAACUUCAACGACCUGUCGGCUGAUCAAAAGCAGAUGAACUCAUUCGUCAUGCAAGAUGGGCGAGAAGUGAGUGCAGGAGCCUCUGUGCUUCCUCUUCAGGAAACGUGCUCCAAUAUACCACCAACCGGGACCGGCUUUGCCAAAUCAGAAAUGGGGAGUUUGAUGGGAAUUGUUGGAUCAACAUCUGUACCAGGGAUGAACAAUAAACCUGAUUCCCAACCCUUGUCAGAGACAGAAAAUCAGGUUGAGAUACACGAUUCUAAAGAUUCUUCCUCGGGGAUGAUGGCCCCCCUAACGGUAUCCCUCCUGGACAUUGAAAGGACGGCAGCUUCAGAUUCUGUUUUCCACUGCGGUCCCCUGACUCCCGACAGACUUCUUGUUCAGGGAGGGACAUCCACGCCAAAGAAUUCCAGGGAAGGGGCACCCGAGGGACUAGCUCGAGAUCCAAAUUCCUCUCUGGAGCCAUCCCCAAGGUCAGAGAGGCGCUGGAAGCCAGAAUCAGCAGCACCAGAGCAGCAGAGGGGGCAGUUAUACCUGAAACCUGGCCUGGACACAACCAUUUCCUCUGUUAAUGGCUCUCCCCAGGGUUUUGUGACAAUCAAUGAUACAUUUGGACUAGAAGUGGAACCGGAGGGACUGGGACAAGGCAUAGUCCUAGGGAACAAAGAAAAGCCCUCCCAAAACUUGAUCAGUAGUACAGGCAGCUUCAAUGAGAGCCUACUCAGCACUCCAGAGGGCUCAAGCAGCAGGCACUACCAGCCCUGCGCAGGAGGCUGUGUAAGUGGCAAUGCUGAGACUAAAGAACAAGGAGAAGUCACAAACAAGAGUAGCUGUCUCUACACUGCACCUCCAGAGAGCCACUACUGGAGGGCCCCAGAGACGACUGUAGUCACUUUGCUGUCAACACUGCAGGACCAGACUGAACUAGAGCUACAUAGCCUCGGCAGAGACGAUCUGGGCAGACCAAAGUUCGAUGCUGCAAAAAACGGCAGCGCUUCAGGGCCAGCACCUCAGGGUGAACAGGACUCGAUGGAGGAAACGGAAAGCAGCCCAGCAGCAGUGGAGCCAAGCAGGAGGGAGGUGCUUCAGAACACUUUCACCCAGUCCAGAUACAUGGUCUGUGCAGAGCUGGACUCCACCUCUCCCAUCAGACCGGAGCAGGGAUCUCGUCCCCAGAGCCCUGACGAGGAGACAGGCUGGCAGUGGCUCUCCGCACACACAGGAGCCAGGCACCCGCUGCAGAUCACUGACCAGCAACUGGAAGCCCUGGGAAAGGCACAGAGGCUGGUUGUCCAGGCACACUGUGAAGAGAUGGAGGAGAUGGACACUCUGAUGCAGAGGGAGGAGGCUCUACUGAGUCAGCUGCCAGGAUUGGACUUCACAGACUAUGCUCUGAAGCUGGAGGAGAUCAUGGUGCAGAAAGCAAAGAGUAUACGCAGCAUCCGGGCUCAGCUCCAACUCUACCUCACCUACCCUGGGGCUGGGGGCCCUUAACCAGCCUGGGACCCUCCAGCUCUGUGUGAAUCCAGCUCACAGCCCCUGCACGGUGCAUCAGUGUGGCAGUGUGUCGCACACAUAUUUGGUGAUCUAAUCUCGUAUACGUACUGAACACCUUUUACAACCUAAAGUGUGUAUAACACUAUAUAACACAAUUUUUGUUCCUGGGUAGUAAGUGUUAUUUCCUAAUUGCUUAUGCCUCAAAAGUA